AUGAAUCAACUUAAAGACCCUAAAUCGGAUCUUUCUAUAACAAUAAAUACUGCAACAGAAAUCUAUACUCUUAAAAAACCAUUUCUUAUUAAAUAUUGCGAAAAUAAAAAAUUAAAAUCAACAGGUACAACUAGUGAAUUAAGAGCUAGACUUAGUAGAUACUUAAAAGGCACCAUAACAUUAGACGACAUAGAUAACACAUUAGGCAAAGAAGAAUGCGAUUUAAUUUUAAUCAAAGCAAAAACUAAUAAAAUCGAUUUUAAUAAAUUAGAAAAAGAAGCAGGAAUAUUCGAUUCGAGCGAUUCGAGCACUGACACAAAUACAAUUAAUAAAUUAACUUCAGACAGCUUUUCAGAAAUAUCAAAAGAUAAUUUAAAAUUAUACGAUAAUCUUAAUGCCAGUACAAGCUCAUUUGUGAAUAAGUAA